AUGUUCACCUGCUUUUUCCGAGCGUAUUUUUGUGUUAAAUGUUGCCAUUUUAUCCGGCUUUCGUCCAUUUUCAGCCUCACUGACGUCUCUGUACCGCGCUCUCCGUGUUCCCGCUGUCUUUUGUGGUGUUUCCACGAUGUUCAUCGCGCUGUAGUCUCACUGCCAGCUCAGGGUAACUUGCUUUGUGACCAUUGCCAACUUCGUACGCUAUCAUUCCACAUAUCGAGGACCGCAAUGAAUCUUCCUUACUUCAACACUUGCCCAUUUUGCCAACGCGGUCAAUAUGCAGUCUUAGCCUUCACUCUUCGACAUACGGAAGCGUUGCCACCAGCGCUCCUAAUCUAG